CGCCAUCACGGUACAAGGAGCCCAAGAGGGUGCAGCAGCAGGAGCUGGAAGUGGGGGGUAGAGAGAGAUCAUCCAUCGCCAUCCGCUCCGCUGCUGGUCGAUAUCGACUCGGCCGUUGCUGCAGCACAACCGCGGCGAGUGGCGCUAUCAACCCGGGUGGAUAUUGGAGAGGGGAGGUUGUUUGUUGUUAUUUGGUGACGGUGGUGUUUGGAGGGGGGGAAGGAAGAAGGAGAGAUACCAACCGUUUUCCGGCCGAGGGAGGUGUUAUUUCAUUAUUUCACCAGGAAUCGACAAACCGGCUUUUUCCACCACCUCUUCCGUGAAUAGAAACCGGUGACUCUGUGCGGCCGUUCGUCCUUCGUUCCUGCUCUCUCUCUCUCGGCCCCCCCGUUGCCACUCCGGGCGGACACACACAGUCGCCAUGGCCUGCGGAGCCACUCUCAAAAGGACUAUCGAUUUCGAUCCCCUGCUCAGCCCCUCGUCACAGUCCCCGAAGAGGAGGCGCUGCACCCCGCUCAACUCGGCCGCUUCCCCGCAGAAAUACCUGAAAAUGGAGCCGUCCCCCUUCCGGGAGGUCACCCCCCACCUCACCACAGAGCAAAUUCUCUACAACAUAAAACAGGAGUACAAACGCAUUCAGAAGAGGAGGCAUUUAGAAAGCUUCCUGCAUCAAACUGAGGGAAGUUGUUCAAGUGAUACACAGACUCAUGUUCCAAUUUUAAAUGGACCAGCUUUGCAAGGUACUUCAUCUGGAUCAUUGUCACCACAGUCAAAGAAAGAUCAGCCGCUCUUCACCUUGAGGCAAGUUGGAAUAAUCUGUGAACGCCUGAUUAAAGAGCGUGAAGAGAAGAUCCGUGAGGAGUAUGAGGAAAUACUGGACUCAAAGCUGGCAGAACAAUAUGAUACUUUUGUGAAGUUCACACAUGACCAGAUAAUGCGACGAUAUGGAGAACAACCUGCAAGCUAUGUGUCUUGAAUUGUCCCAUAUUUCUGCGGAGUACCCUUUCCUUUUGAACACUGCAAGUUGGCUGUUUCUCUGAGACUUGUAGCAGUGCCAUAUUAACCACCUGUGAGCACAGGGUGUUUCCAGCUUGUCAGUGGCAACCACUUUUCUGCAGCGUAUGUUUGUUGGAGUGCUCCCUGAUAUGUCAUCACUUAAUUGGACCUUUGCUACCUGUACUUAUAUACCAGUGGCUCCCUGUUAAAAUUUUGCUGUAUUGUUAAAAUCCAAAAAGCUUUUCCCUUGAUUUUAAUGACUUUAAAAGGAGCAAUACUGGUAUUCCAGAAUUAGCCCUUCGCAUAUAAUUUCAGCAUUGUAUCAUAAAUGUCAGACUUUUAGAAGAAUCAGUCCCGUAUGGUUUUGAUGAUGAGCCUUUUUUGCAAACUUUUGACUUCUAGCUACAAAAGGCGUUCAAGGAGAUUUUAAACUUACUAUUACCUGUGUAAGUGUUCUUAAAUUUUCUCAAGCUGGAUUAGUGGCAGCUUUUUGUUGCCUGGUUUUAGAACCAAUUCAUAUUGACAAUACUGAGGUUCACGAUCAGAUCUGUAGGUGAGCUUUCUUGUUUUAAUGUGAUUUAGUAUGUUCAUGUAAACUGAUUAGUGAAGAAUAAUUCCAACCUAGUCAUACGUUUUGAAUCCAAACAUUGAACUUGACUGAGUUGAAGCAACUUGUUUUGUUUUCCUGACACCCAAAAGGCCAUGCCUGCAGUUUGACCUUGUUUUUGUUUUGGACAUUUACCUUUGUUAAUAGUAAAUAUGUUAAAUCAAAAUGUUGCAUUCCAAAAACUGUUUGGAUGCUAGGAUACAAAUCAGACUCUUCUAAAACCUGAGGUUGAUUUCUAAUCUUUACUGCUGUGGUGAUUCAAGUGAAUUUUGAAAAUGAUUUGCAAAAAAACUAGGUCACAUUAUCUACUAAACUACCUAUAUCCAAGAAAACUGAACGUGAACAUGCUUCCAAGAGAGCAGCUGUGAAGAUGAAGCAGUUAGUGGUGAUCUUUUUAGUGUCUGCAGGCCUAUGAUUUUAAAAUGGCUGGAGGGCAAAGAUUUGCAAAAACUCAUUGUGCACUACAACACUUCUGCAGGCAAUAGAUCAGUUUGAAUGUUGAAUGAUGAGAUUUAAUUAUCCCUACUAUAUGGUAUGAGAGAUUGCCUGCAUGUAUCUGUGAUCGUGCCUGUUAAACAAAGUGCUCAGAAACGAGCUUUUUCAAGAAGAAUUAAGAGGGGCUUGGAAGGGGUAACUGAAGCUUCAUAGUAAUUUUUUUGGAAAAUAGUAAAUUUUAUUUAUUCUGGCAGUCUUUCAAAGUUUAUUUCUGCAUUUUGAUGUACCAUUAUUUUACUGUUCUUUGUAGUGUAAUGGAAUUUAGUUGACAAUAAAA